CGAGAUUGGUCUUAUUUCAUUAUAAGGUCGUUGUGACGAGCGUUAUAUAGUUCCAGACGGCCCUUUCGUUCUUGUUCGGCGACACUCCCAGCGGAAACCGCCGAUCCAUCACGCCCAGUCCAUAAUGGUUGCACUCAGGGGUGCAGAACUUCUGCCAGAUGUAUUAAUGCUGGAGGAUGACAAUGUUGGUGAGGAAUCUGAGUCCGGAUCAGAAUCUGAACCUGAGGAAGUGGCACUGAGUGAACCUUCAAAGAAUGCUGUUUACAACAAGGAGGCUCUUCUUGAGAAGCUUAAUGAUAUAACUUGGCCGGAAAAUGUUGAAUGGAUUCACAAGCUAACCAUUGAUCAUGCUCAGGAGCAAGAGAUUGAUGUAAAUGAUGACCUGGCAUGAGAUGGCACUCGGCAGGCCUUUGAAAAAUUACAGGCCGUGGGGAUUCCAUUUCUUAGGCCUCCAGACUACUAUGCGGAGAUGGUAAAGAGUGAUUCUCACAUGUUGAAGGUUAAAGGCAAGCUCUUAGUAGAGAAGAAGAAGAUAGAGGAAGCUGAAGAGAGGAAGAAAGCAAGGGAAGCGAAGAAAUUGGCAAAGGAGGUCCAGGCCCAGAAGACUAAAGAGAGGGCUAAGCCCAAGAAAGAGGACAUUGAAUCAGUUAAAAAAUGGAGGAAACAACGGCAGCAAAGUGGAUUUGCUAGAGGGAACAACGAGGAACUGGAUUUGCCACUAGACGAGGAAAAAGGCUUUGAGAGGUCGAAGAAAAGGCGCACCGGGGUGGCUCCUGGUGACAGGACUAGGGGGUUCAAAAGGAAAGUAGGCAAUGAGAAGGGUAGGAAGAAAAGGGAAUUCAGAGAAGCCAAGUUUGGUCAUGGAGGUAGGAAAGGUAUGAAAAAACAAAAUACUGCUGUGUCAACCAAUGACUUAAGAGGCUUCAACAUUGGACAAAUUCCGUGAAAGUAAAAGGAAGAAAAAGUGAUAUAGAUAUCAUCUAACCCUUCUGCUUGGUAUGAGCUCUGAAAUUUAGCGAGAUCGGUUUAUCGUUUUGGCACUUGGAAUUGCUAGAAAAUGCAAUCCCAUUUUUGUAUGUGAGAAGUGAAAAAGCUACUUUUUAGCUCAUUUUCAUUAAAAUAUCUCAUCAUAUAUCAGCUUUCUGACUAGGAUGAAACAUUUAAGCCACUUGUUACUCCAUUUGGAAGUGCUCCAUUGCAUCUACCAAACACAAAUUCUAUGCUUUCUGCUUGAUAUGCCUUAA